CAGUGUUAUAGGAACGGAUUGUGAGUUGUUUAAGAAGUGGAUUGAUAAAGAAAAGCAAAAUUAAACCCACUCAACGAUAUGAAAAUCACGGAUUUAGGGCCCCGAAAUGGCAGUCAUCCGCGAACAUUCAUUACGUUGCUUUUCGGCACCGUGUUGGGAUUCAUGUUUGCUACGUUCAUCUCAUCCACAACGAUGCGACAACCGUGGAUGCCGGAAAGCUAUCGUCAACGGGAACCCCCCUCGAUCGUGAGUGAUCCACACACAGGCAAUGAGUUGCGGGAAGCAGCCGGCCCGGAACAAGAUGUCGGUCAGCAUGCAGCCCACGAAGAAGCCCAUGCCCAUGAGAAUGCUUCGCUUGCGCACCAGUUACAACAAGAGGUGCGCGUCCUAUGUUGGGUGAUGACCAAUCCAAAAAAUCACAAAACGAAAGCAUUACACGUCAAACGCACGUGGGCUGGUCGAUGUAAUAAGGUGCUUUUCAUGAGUUCGGUUGAAGAUCCCCUUAUCGACUCCGUUGCUCUGCCCGUGGGUGAAGGUCGGAAUAAUCUUUGGGCGAAAACGAAAGAAGCAUUUAAGUACAUCUAUCAGCAUCACCUGGAUGAUGCGGAUUGGUUCAUGAAAGCAGACGAUGAUACCUACGUGGUCGUGGAAAAUUUGCGGUACAUGCUUUAUUCGUACUCACCGAGUCAUCCAAUUUAUUUUGGGUGCCGGUUUAAGCCCUUCGUGAAGCAAGGUUAUAUGUCCGGCGGUGCAGGCUAUGUGUUGAGCAAAGAAGCAGUAAAGCGCUUUGUUGAGGACGCCAUCCCUAAUCCCGCAUGUCGGCAAGGCGAUGACGGUGCCGAAGACGUCGAGAUGGGUAAGUGCAUGGAGGCGGUUAAAGUGCUAGCAGGUGAUUCUAGAGACUCGGUUGGACGAGGAAGAUUUUUUCCAUUCGUGCCUGAGCAUCAUCUUAUCCCGAAUCAUGUGGACAAAGACUUUUGGUAUCUGAAGUACACCUUCUACAAACCCGAUGAGGGUCUCGAAUGCUGCUCGGACAAUGCCAUCUCCUUUCACUACGUGUCUCCUAAUCAAAUGUACGUGCUAGAUUAUCUGAUUUAUCAUUUACGGCCGUAUGGCAUUGUUGGCCACUCACAACCUCUACCAAAGAAGUACAGCCUUGGUGACAUUGUACGGGUAGAUGAUUUAGGAAAGACAACCCCUAAAUCAUCCAGCCAGCAGCAGCGUCGGAAUAAACACAAUAAUCCUCGUGGGCAGAUAGCAAAUGAAAUCCAGAUGGACGUUACGUAUAGUGAUAUUGAUGCUAAAGAACCAAAUACCUAAUAAGAUCUAGUUGUACUGCUACGUUCCAAAUCGUAUCAUUAAAAGAGAUGAAGCAAGUAGAGCAGAUUUGCACCCUGAGUGUAAAAUAGAGAUAAGGUUUUGCUACUUUCAAUGGAUGAUUGAUUUUCGUGAAUGCGUGAUGAGGUGAUUGCGGUGAGUGAGUGAACUGUCCGGGAAAGUACCUUCAGCUUGAAAUAAUUGUCAUUUAAAUACGAAAAAAUCUUACGUAAAACAGAGAAUGACACAAAUGAGAAGAAUUUCAAUGAUACGUAGAAAUAAGUUAUAAUUUACUGACCGAUUUUUAGUUUGUGUUUCCUAGUGGGUUGAUCGGUGUUAUCGGUCUCUUAUCACCAUAUUUUAUCAGACUGCUGCAUAAAACAUAAAAGUCUAUCAACUGCUAAAAAACGAUAGUUUAAGUGUUCAAGUCGAAUAUAUUUGUGAACUAAGUCAUACCACUCAUGUAAACCCAUAUCAAAAGGGAAUUUUUAGCUAACUGUAUCUAAUGUUAUUAUUUUCUCAUUUUCAAUUGUCGUCAUUUAUUAUGGAACCUCAAACGAGAGAUGGAUAUAUUUGCCUUUGGCUAGGUAAAUUAAUGAUUGUUUUCAGCAGAACUGUUGUAGGUUGCAUGACAAAAUGUCACAGGAAAUGACAUUCUGGUUCCUUUCUUUACCAUUUGCAUUUUAUGAAUCUCUAAUGUUCAUCAUCAAAUCGUUUAAAAACACAUUAACACUUGAAUCUCGGGAAUUCUCGAAAUAAAAAUGAGCAUAACCAAAUAUUACAUCUAAGUUAACAGUAUCAAAAUUAAUCCAAUUUACUUUUCGUGAAGCAUGUAACUAUUCAUUACGAAUUAUGUAAUCAACCUGAAAAGUAUGCUGAACAGGCAGAAUCCUACGUCUUAUUAUGCUAGGAGUAAAUUGGUACUGUACCGUUCGUUUUUUUUUCAUCAUUCUGAUAUUGCUAUCAUUCAAGUGCUUUAAAAGGUUUUCAUUACUCAUUGUAUCGAUUUUUUCGAACUUUCAUAAUCGCUAUAAUUCUUCAACAACAACAAUUUCUUCGAACUCUUUAUGCUUUUUUACUAUGGGGAACUUCAAAUUUGUUUACGUAAUUGUUGUGCUAAAUGAUUUAGGACUGGCUUCAUUUUAUGCCCUAGAAUACUGCGAAGUCUCCACAUUCGGUUAGGUAAAUAUUCAUUUUUUCACUAUGUCUGUAAAAAGUUUUCUUUAUACUUGCCAGUUUGUUGUAAUGUUAUCAUUAGAUUUCACACACAAACAAAACCAAGGAAACAAACAGCAAAGUUGCCAUCACAUUCAGGAAUAUUAGUUAUUUUAAUAGUAAGAUUUUCUUUACAAAAGUUCGUUUUAUUUUACAUGUUUCCGAUAAAACAAUCAGACAGGAAAAUGGAAUAAAGUGAAUAACGAAAGCGACAAAUUGCAUUAAUCGAAGAAUGUUUAAAAAAAGCAAGGGUGUCGUGGAUGAAUUGUCCCGAGGAAUUAUAAAAUACUCCCUGAAACAAAGAACAAAGUAUAGCUGUAAGCUCUAACGCAUGGCAAAGCAUAUUGAACAAUUCAACUUGAAUAAAGUAAAUUAUGAAAUACCAAAA